AAGUGAAAUUGUUGCUAGGUUUUCACACAGCCUCCGUGACCCACCAGUGUUUUCGAAGACAGCGGUUUCCACAUUGAGUUGUUUCCGCCAGUAAAAACGAUAAAACUACAUUUCCCAGCAGCUCUUUGAACAGGAAGGACAUUUGGCCAAAUUGAUACGGGCGCGCUUUGGUUUUUUAUUGGUUUAGAAUAAUACCGACACCCACGCAGUCUAAUCUUUCAUUACGUUAACCUGCAGCCAAGGAAAGGGAAGCCUUGCAGACUAGUAGUACACGUGGUUGAAGAAGCAGCAUGUCUCCACCGAGUGGGAAGAUCAACAGACCGAAAACUGAACUUGGAAAAAAACUCUUCAAAAGACGACGAGUUCUGAAAAAAAACAAGAGGCAGAAACAUAAAAUUGUGGGGGCGAUUGUGGAUAAAGAGUUAAUCACCAUCUGUCAUCUUAAGAAAAGACGUGUUCGAGAUAACAUCACACUAUCUGGAAAGAAGAAACAGAAGCUGAAAAAGCAGUUACGACACAUGCAGCAGGAUAAAGCUGCAAUGGAUGUUGAGGUAGCACCCAAAGUGAGGAAGCAGACCAGUUCUGUAAAUAAAGUGAAUAUAGUCUCUACAAGAGGAGAAAAGACAAAGACUCCACAGGAUGUAGAAAUGGUUGAAGACAUGAACUGAAUAAGGGACAUUGCCAUCCACAUUACUAUCUGUCUCAAGAUGGGAUUGCCAUAUCUAUCCACCCAGAGACUAUGCCUUUACAUGCUUGUCAAUCAAAAAAUGCAUUAUCUGAAAGAAGAAAAAAUAAAUUCCAUUCAUCUUCAGUUUUUUGUUCAUUUCAAUAUGGAACAUCCAUUUCUAAUUAGCUUAGAACAAAUUGAUAAUGCCUGAUUCCUGCUCAUGACUGGGUACAAUACAGAAAAAUGUUGCAUUUUGCAAACAUAUAUCCAAAAUCUAAUUAAGUUUUUUCUAGCAAAAAGUAAAUGCAAUGGCUUAAAAUAUACUGAGUUUCAGAUUGUUAAAAGAAAUAUCCCAGGAGUAAAGAACAGGUUGUGUAGGACUUUAUUUACCCCAGUGAAUUAACUACAAAAUAAAGGAUGCCAAAUAACA